AUGGGCCCCUUAAAAGUACGUAUCGUGGUAAAAAGUAAAGUUAGUAAAAUCGUAUUCCAUCCAUCGCAGGUGCUCCCCAUAUCGUGGCACGCGAGCCUCCACUCCGGCGAGACCGGCGUCGAUCGCCGUCUGUCAGCUAUAACCCUGGACAGCAUCCCACGAUUGAGAUCCUUCACCAACGACACAGUCCUAGACGUGCUGUUCUACACCAGCCCGGUGUUCUGCCAGACUAUAAUCGACACGGUUUGCGCGGAAUUGAACCGAAUAUACAAGCUGUUCAUAUCGCGUACUCCCUCAUUCAACGGCCGCGUGUCUCUGGGAGGACACUCUUUGGGCAGCGUCAUACUAUAUGACCUGCUGUGUCAUCAGACACUAGAAGGUGUGGACGAGCUGAAGAGCUACGUUGAAGGCAGCGCGGGGACGGGCCAGGGCGCCGUGCGCUAUCCUUCUCUAGCAUUCCGGCCCGCCGCGCUCUACGCCCUGGGGAGUCCCAUAGCCAUGUUCGAGUGUAUACGCGGUGUGAAAUCUCUCGGUGACAACUUCAAACUGCCCACGUGUCAGAAUUUCUUCAACAUAUUCCAUCCGUACGACCCCAUAGCUUAUAGAAUCGAGCCGCUCAUAAACGCCCAGCUCGGAUCGGUGAAGCCGUACCUUAUACCCCACCACAAGGGACGGAAGCGGAUGCAUCUCGAGUUGAAGGACACUAUGGCUCGCGUGGGCGCGGAUAUUAAGCAGAAACUGAUAGAAUCGUUGAAAUCAACGUGGAGCAGUAUGUGGAAAUCGCAACCGCCCCCUCACGACGCGCAACUGGAGAAGGUUGUUGAAGAAGAGAUCGAGAAGGAACAGCUUUGCGCUGAGAACAAAGACGACGCAAUGCAGAACGAAAUACAAGCGACUCCCGACUUAUUGGGUAGUCUAAACGGUGGCAGGCGAGUGGACUACGUGCUUCAGGAGACUCCUUUGGAGAUGAUCAACGAAUAUUUGUUCGCGAUGAGUAGCCACGUCUGUUAUUGGGAAUCCGAAGACACAAUGUUGUUGAUAUUGCGUGAGAUUUACGACUCUUUGGGCGUCGCUCCCGACUCCACGGUGCCCCAGCAGAGUCUCACGGUGCAGAGGCAAAGACCCACCAAAUCUAAUGAAACGUACGUGGUCAACACAUCAGAGUAUCCUUCGACGAGUCGCGACGGUACAUGA